AUGCAUUUUUCAAAGAAGGCUCUGGCAGCCCUUAUUGGGUCUGCGACUAGCGCAAACGGUGCGAUCUUGUGGGAUGGUCGAUUCGAUUCUUCUUCCAUGGCGGAUUUGGAGGCUUGGUCAUGGAGCAACGCUGUUGGUGAUUACCAAAAUUAUAUCCAUGGUACAGGUAACAUUACCAAUUAUGUUGCUCUCGACAGCACUUACAAGAACCCUGCCGAUUCUGGAUCAGCCCUCGGUGCCAAGAUCACUCUUGAUAGUACUUCAUACUGGGAAGGUCAAAACAUGCGUCGUACCGAAUUGAUUCCUCAAACCUCCGCGGCUAUUGGAAGUGGAAAGGUUUACUACCAUUUCAGUAUGAAGCGUGAAGAUACCAAUGCACCAAGUAUCUACAGAGAACAUCAAAUCUGUUUCUUCGAGAGUCAUUUCACUGAGAUGAAGAGUGGUUGGAUUAGUGGAGAGACUGGAUCCAGUGACCCUCUUUUGAGAUGGGAAGUCAGUGCGACUAGUCAAUGGAGUACUAACUGGACUGCUGGUGUUUGGCACAACAUUGCUUACGGAAUUGAUUUCUCCGCAGGCUCAGUUGAAUUCUACCACUCCACCGGAUCUGAUCCUCUCACUCUUACCGUCCCAGCUGUUUCCGUUUCCGCCUCUUCCAAUGGUGCAGACUGGCAUUUGGGAGUUCUCGAACUCCCUGUCACUGGUCAAACCGAUGGAACCGAAGAUUUCUAUUUCUCUGGUGUAUACAUCGAGAGUGGAUCGCUUACCACUAGUGUUGCUGGACCAGGUGGAGCCGCGGUUUCAAGUUCUUCUUCUGCAACCACGUCAGUAGAUUCUUCUUCUGUUCUUUCUAGCUCAGUAGUUUCUUCGGCUCCUUCUAGCUCAGUUGCUAGCUCAGUCGUUUCUUCUGUUCUUUCUAGCUCAGUCGUUUCUUCUUCUAUUCCUUCUUCUAGCGCCGCUCAGGUAUCCUCAUCAUCGGUCAUUCAAUCUUCACCAACAUCUAUUGCCGUCGCAAUUCAACAAUCUUCAGUUAUCUCCUCCCCAUCAAGCUCGACCAAAAAAUCCUGCACAAAAAAGGUCGCCUCCUCUACUCUCGUAUCCAGUGUCGUAGCCCAACAAUCAUCCACCAAGAAACCUUGCACAAAGAAGGCCUCCGCUACCGGAUCUCAAGCUAGUGGAUCCGUUGUUGAAUUCACCUCAACUCAAACUGUCACCUCUGUCGAUAUCGUCCCUACUACCGUCUACAUUACCGCCGGAGGAUCAACCUUCCUAACUACUUCUUCUGUUUCCUCUACCUAUACCUCUGAAUCCGCCAUUAUCACCUCUUCUGUUCUUUCCAAUGCAGCUCCAUCUACUUUUGUCACUUCCAAGAAGUCUUGCACAAAGAAAGCCUCAACAAGUUUGGCAGGAAAUGUAAACAUAGCUGCUAGUUCUUCAGCGGUUCUAACUUCUGCUGGUGUUAGCUCGAAGCCACAUACCACCAUGACCAUGACGAUCACCCAAACUACUUCUACUACUGUCGCUUCGAGCGCGGGUGCUACUAGCACUGGAGGAAGUAGUUCGGGAGAGAUUGCUUUGUAUAUGCAAUGUGGAGGAAAGAACUGGACCGGAACUGGUACUUGCGUUAGUGGAAGUACUUGCAAGGCUCAAAAUGAUUAUUAUAGUCAAUGUGUUUCUGCUUAA